GCAUGUUCCUGUGAUGAAGUUCCGGUCAUAGAGACUUUGAUCAAGCCUUCAUAUAUAACUCGGUGACUCAAACUUAUGAGUUGAAAUUUAUUUAUCGUUUCACCAUUCGUCUUUCCUGACCCGAAGAUUGACGUUGGACAUUAUUAUGUCUCAGGCGCGGGUCACCGAUUUUUUCAUCCAGAGAAAGAAAGGUGCUAGUGGGGCUGCGCAUGGUAAUGGCAAUAAAACGCUAGUUGUGGACAAUGGAGUGGACACUGUAACAAGUAAGCCCAGCACAAGAUCUACUCGGUCGAAAAGCAAGAACGAAGCACCUACUACAAAGGCUACGAUAAAGACUUCAAAAUCCUCACGUUCUGAAAACAGUGUACAGGAGGAGUUUUGGAGGGUUAUUGACGAGGCGUCUUCGGUCGAUAAGGUGGAGAGCGUGUCUGGUGUGCUGGCGAGGUCCGACUCGGAAAAACAAACACUUCUCUCGAGCCCUCGAACUCCCAAGAGGACCUCUGCAGACGCUGAGUUCGAUCUUGGAUCAGCUGUAUUUUCAACCACUACUGAACAUAACACAGCGAAGAAGCGUCUUCGGAUCGAGGCAAAUAAAGAUUCCAACGCUGCAGGGACAAGACCUGAACCGGUUAAAGUUGUAAAGAAGUCUGUCAGGAAGAAAUUGAUUCUCUUCAAAGACGACGAACGGGCAACCCACCGUCUGGCUAAAGAUGUCCCGCAGGUACCCAAUCCACUACCUGUUGAUAAAGAAUCAAAUAAUUUAGUUAAUCACAGUGCCAACAAUUCUCCAACGCGCAAACCGCACGUUCAGGGCAGUUCAAAACCAAAAGCAGGGAACAAGACUUUCUCCAAAGAGGAUGUUGCGGCCCUCAAGUUCCGCCUUCAGAAGAUCAAGGGCCAGACAAGGAAAGCUGAGAACCUGCCCUCUACGGCCCCUGAGUCUACUGCUACUGCCCCAGACCUUAAGACAAAGCUAGCCCAUGUCAAAGAGCUUGCUGCUAAGGCACAACACAGGAAGGAGGAGAGUUUAGCAGAGGAGGCCAGAUCUACUGAGGAAAAUAAUCGGCCACAAACCGAGGAUGGAGAGAAGCUCCCAGCCUACCAGCGGUACCAUACUCUUGCCCAGGAUGUUCCCCCUGGCCUCAGCCUGCCCUUCCAGUACAAACUGCUUGCUGAAAUGUUCCGUAGCAUGGACACCAUAGUGGGAAUGCUCUUCAACCGCUCAGAGACUGUUACCUUUGCCAAAGUGAAGCAGGGUGUCCAGGACAUGAUGCACAAGCGUUUUGAGGAGACCCAUGUGGGCCAGAUUAAGACAGUCUAUCCUACUGCCUACCAUUUCCGCCAGGAGAGAAACAUUCCUACAUUCAGUGCUACAGUGAAGAAGUCUAGCUACCAGCUCACAGUAGAGCCUGUCAUUGAAGCCGAUAAGAGUGAGGCACGUCCAGUGCUUGCUGCUUCCCGGCUGUUGGAGAGGAGAUGUAUUUUUCAUCAAAACCUUGUCAGCAUUGUGAAAGGGCGUCACAAGGAGUUCCUUGCCAAGUUGAAUCCUCCUAUUAGAGUCCCAGAUGACAAGCUUACCCGCUGGCACCCUCGCUUCAAUGUGGAUGAGGUGCCCAAUGUCCUGCCCAGUGAGUUGCCCCAGCCCCCACAGGGAGCUGAGAAGCUAACCACUGCCCAGGAGGUUCUGGACAAGGCCCGCUCCAUGAUGACCCCUAAGAUGGAGAAAGCGCUGGCCAACAUGGCUCUGAAGACAGCAGAGAUGGUCUGUGUAAAAGAGCAAGAGCCUGUUCCACAAACUCCCGUAGCUCCUGCUGAAACUCACCGUGCCCUCAAAGGGGUGUCUCAGUCCCUGCUGGAGAGGAUCCGAGCAAAGGAGGCUCAGAAUCUCCAGGCUGCCAUGACCCGGAACCCUCAGCAGGAGGAGCGCCUUGUGAUGAUGUCACGGCUGGGGGAGCUGGCUCGGAUCCUGCGUAACGUCUUUGUGGCAGAGAAGAAACCCGCCCUGAUCAUGGAGGUGGCAUGUAACCGGAUGGUCUCUAGUUACCGCUCUGCCCUGAGCACAGGUGAUAUGGAGACGCACCUUCGCUUGCUGGCAGAACUGACUCCUGAAUGGCUUACCAUUCACACAAUUAGAAAGGACUUCUAUCUCAAGUUGAGCAAGACCAUGGACCUGAAUGUGGUACUGGAGAAGCUGAAGCAGAAGACCAAAGAGGAAGAAAGGCUUUGAAGCUUGAAACGGCUAUGUUUUUCGAAUGAUGUGUAAUUUGAGUAGAGCCAUUUGACCUUUGUGUAUAUAAUGCAAUUUGUGACUUCAAGUCUUUUAGUGAUUAUUGUACAUUGCUUGGCUGGUUUGUUUACAUUUUAAAGCAAGUAAAACUGCUUGUACCAAUUCAAUAAGCUUGCGUAUUUUGUGUGUAGAUUCUAACCGACUCAUUUUGCGGGUGGUUUUACAGUUGUGGGAGACUGUCAGAAAUACUACCUAGUCAACCGGGAACACAGUUGUCCUAUUUUUGUAAUAAAAGCUUUAUAGUUCAUGGACAGGUUUAUUACUUGCCCUGUCUGUGUUUAAUCCUUGUUUUUGAAACUGCAUUAAUUACACACCAGCAUUGGAUUAAAUAGAUUUACUCCUG